AUGCUAACUCCACAGAGACCAGGCAACGAGGUGGCCAAGACUGCAAGUCCGGAACUCAAGAGAUACUACGAUGAAAAUUGCUGCUUUUGCCACGACUCGUUGUACUUGACCUUGCCUGGCGAAGUGAUUCUAAGCUUAACCUGUCACCACGUGUGCCACAAGGAUUGCUACCUCUUGAUGAUGGACAAGUUUGAAAUGGACAAGUUGCCCAGGUGUGGCACGUGUCAGGAGCCCACCAGGAGCGAAGAAGACAAGGUCCACCAAUCGAUACUUCGAGAUCUACAAUCGACGUCGAAAAAUUUUGAAAAAUUGACUCUAAACUUACCCCGCCAUGAAAUGGACCUGAGUGCUUCACUAACCAAUACUAAUACUCCCACGGCCGAUUACUUUGCCGAUUCAAAUUAUCAACUAUUCACCCCCACGGAUCAAAAGUUUCACCAUGAUUUUUUUGAAGAUACUCCUCCGCUGGUCAAUUUCCAGCACCACGAUCGACAUUUGUAUGUUCCCAAUGUAUCCUUUUUGAACGAAACCACCAAAGUUCGAGUGGGUAAACUGAAUGAAAUUAACUAUGCCUUGAACAUCAAGUCUCCGUCAAUCUAUAAUGAAACGGUUGCUCCCUUUAGCUUGCUGGAUUUCCAGCUCAAGAUGCAGGUUACCGAACAUUUGCGGAAACAUCUCCACUUGAACAAAUACCUUGGUGAUUUGAUCAUCUUUGACAAGAUGAAGAUUAGCAUAGACGGAUCGCAAUGGGACAAUGUCGAUAUUUACCUCUUCAAGAACUACUUGCUUUUAUACAACGACGAGCUUUUAGCCGGAAUGAUUUCCAUUGAAAAUGACCUAUGUUCCAUGACCUAUAGUGAUGGCGUUUUGAUUUUGAAUCUUUCAGAGACAAACUUGCCGGAACUCAAUAUUCGCAACGACUCCGAUAUAGUCACUGAGAAAUGGAAAUAUCAAUUGGAAAAAGUCAAAAUGGGCCAAGUUGCCGAAACAAACCUUUUCCAGUUUACAAGCACCUAUUGGGGGUUUUUGCUGCGAUAUUUUGAAAUUCCUGCUGACUUGCUCCGAUUUAGCAACUUGAUGAAUUUUGGAGGCGAAUUGCCUAAUAACUUUAUCACCAAAAUCGUACCUCCCGCGGACGAAGUUGCCCUAAAUUUGGUUUUGGCGGUGCCCUUAUACAACAAGACUGGUAAAACACCGGAAGGCUAUAAAAUAUGGUUGGCGCAAUUGUUGAACAAGUUUUUAUCGUCGUUGCGAAGUGGAGAUAACCUUGCGGUGGUGUUUUUGGGGAUCAAUGGCAAACACCAAGCUAGCAAAGAUGGAGUCUAUGUUGGGUGCGUAAGUUCGUCUUGGGACGGAUGGAGCAGUUUGAUUAACGAGAUUGUCAUUGUGCAGAACCCAUUUGACCACGAAGUUGAGGAAAUGAACCUUGCCUUGGAUAAAUGCGGCGAUUUGAUCCCCUUUCUUCCCAACCGGCUGACUUCAACCAAUAAAUUGAUACUAUUGAGUUUUGGCAGCAACACCGACACCAACACCGAGACUGCCAAAGAGAAUAUUGAGACACAAGUGGAGUUCAAUGCUGAUAAUGCAGCGGUAUUUGAAGACGUCGACGUUAGCAUCUUGCGGGUUGGUCCACAUUCGCAAUUGACGCAGCUGAUGAUUGCAUCGAUGCCAUUUUGUCAUGGGUGUGAACCGAUUCUACGCUUUGACUCGCUAGAUCAACUUUGCUUAGCGGUAGAGCCAUAUGUCAAGGAACAUCUUCAUCGAAUAUGCGUGCCUCGACUACAGAUCAACAUCCAAGCCAACGAGGGAGUCAAGAUCUUGUCGGUGGAGAAUCAAGGGCUGAUGCUCAAUUUGAACCAGCUGGAAUGUGAAAUCAAUGCCGUUAAUUUCAUUCCUCGAAGUGAGUGCAAUGUAGUGUUGAAGCUAUCCGUCGAAGGAUUGGAGAGAAACAAUGAUGAUUACAAUAAUGAUGAUUACAAUAAUGAGAAUAGUAGUGGUGUUGAUGUUGUUGAAUCCAUUCCCGUGUUCAAUUAUACCAUGUCAUGGCUAGGCAAUACUACUCCACAGAAAUCCGUCACCACCAAGAUUCAACAUAUAGUUGAACAUACCACCACCGCUGCUGCGGCGGAGGCCGGCCCCGAGAAGAAAAAACACAAGAAUCACGCGGGGAAUGACCUCGAUCGCAUGGAUUACAUGGAUAUACCACUCUUGCCGCCAUUGUCCCCCACGCGAGAUGUAUCGUUUGCCAAGCGACAAACCGAGUUGGUGAUUAUUGAUCAUUUGAAAAGAGCAAUUGCCACGAAAGACGCCUUGGUGUUGAAGAACUGCAUCAGUGUCGCGUAUGGACUCAUGCGCAAUGUCUCGCCUGGCUUCAAAGAUGACUUGAGCAGUGGUGAGGAUGAUAGUGAAGAUGGAGAUGACGAAGGAGAAGUGGGCCUGAGUGAUUCGGGGAAUAGCAUAUUUGGAUUGUUGAUCCAUACUCGUGCUAUUCAUGAUAACAACGAACUGUACAUCAAGUAUCUCGUGAAGCGAUUGGAGCUUAUUAUCCGCGAGUUUGAACUGGGAAGUGCUAGUGGCGUUGAUUUGAGUCUUGACUUGUUGUAUGCUUUGGUUUAA